AUGUCACCCGUGGGGAGCCGCUGCGUGGGGAUCCUGCUCCUGGUCUCGAUCCCGGUCCUGCUGCACUGUGUGUCUGCAUGUGUGGCCGAUCUGUGCAACUGGAGAGGAAGCGGGCUGGCGUGUGAUCCGCGCGCGCGCGCCGUGCAGCAGGUGAGGCUGCGCUGCACCGAGGGGGCCGUCGAGUGGGUGUACCCGAGUCAGGCGCUGCGCGUCGUCCUCGAGCCCAACCUGUCGUCCGCGCGCCACACCACCGCGUGCAUCAAGCCUUUCGGCGGCGUCGGCGGCGCGAGCGUCUACAUGGAGCGCGCGGGAGAGCUGCACCUGUUGGUGGCGGAGGGUGCGCGCUCCGACAAGGUGUACUGUUUCCGCGUGGACGGUCCACAGAAGCCCGCAGUCUUCCUCCAGGCCGGUGUGCAGAGGGACAUCAGCCGGCGCUCCGUGGGCUUCCGCUAUGAGCUGCUGGGCAACCGGAGCAGCGCCCCGGACCUCCGCGCCUCCCUGGUGCAGGCCGUGUGCCGUCCUUGCAACGACGCCGAACUCCUCCUGGCCGUCUGCAGCAGUGACUUCGUGGUACGAGGUCACAUCAGCAAUGUGUCCCACGAUGCUCAGCAGCAGACGUCAUCGGUGGAGAUCUUCGAGGCCCGGGUGUAUCGGCAGCGCAGUGGAGCGUUCGAGCGGGAUGCGGGUGUGACCGGGGGGUGGCAUGGCCGCAUCCACACCCUGCUGCAGUGCCAGGUGAAGGCAGGUGGCGGACAGUUCCUUUUCACUGGAGCAGAGCACUUUGGGGAGGCCUGGCUGGGCUGUGCCCCCCGGUACAAAGACUUUGUCGCCAUUUACCGCGCUUCUCGGCAGGUCAGGCAGAACCCCUGCGAGUUUCCCCUGGACUAGGUCCCUUCCGAAGCCGUCAUGACCCAUGAUGAA